AUUUUCUUAUCAGUUUAUCGGUUUUCGCACCUUUAAGCUUUUCAUAAACUGUUAUUCUAUAAAAAAUAACUUUUAUUGAUAUGAUUUCCAUUGCAAUAAAAUUUUUAGAAUCUUUCAGUUUAUCUUUUUAAAACAAGUGUAUAAAACUUUUUUUUUGAGUUUUUAUCAAUUUAUUUUUCUUAAUUUUGAAAAAAAUAUUUGCAUAAAAUAUAAAUUAAUUGUAAAAUAAAAAUUAUUUAAAGUGGAAAAAAUGUCAGAAAAAUCUAAGGGUGACACGUCGUCAUCAUCAACGUCACGAAUCGUAAAUAAUCCUUUAUUAAGUGCGAAUGUAACAAAUUUAACAUUUGAUGAUUUUCAAAACAAACCGGUUAUAUUACCAGCUGCACCACCAAUAAUUCAUGCAAUUACGGAAGAUGUAUCAGAAUCAUCUCAAGUAAUAAAACGUACUGUAACAGUUGGUGAAACACCGGACAUUGAUGCAGAUACAUUAAGUGAAAUUAAUUUAAAUCCAACUGAUGAUGAACAAUUAUUACAACAACAACAACAGCAACAACAAUUUGAUUUAAAUUAUAAUAACGCAUUUCCGCAAAUACAACACGAACCACGUUCAAUUAAUAAUAACGAAAUAGCUGAUGAUUCAAUAUUAUCACAAGCGGCAUCAUCAUUUUCACAAUUACCAUCGGUUGCAUCAACAGUAUUAUCAACAUUUUCAAAAGUAAUUAAUAAUUAUUCACCUGGUUCGACAACAGUUAGUCGUGAACAAAGUUCUGAACGUUCUGAUUUCAAUUCUAAUUUAAAUACAACAAUAAAUAAUAGUGGUGGAUUAGGAUAUCAAUCACAAUAUAAUAAUUUAAAUCAAAACUUAACAGCAACAGGAGGAUUAGAACAAUAUCCUGAAAGUGUUGGUUUCAACAAUCAAUAUUUAAAACAAUCUCAAAAUUAUAGCUCAGUAGCAACAUCUGAGCCACCAAAACUUUAUACGCCACCUCCAAUCGAUACAAUUCAACAAAAAACUCCAAUUUUACCACCACCAUUAACUGCUGGUGGAAAUACAUAUAGAUUGUCUUCAAAAAAGAAAAUUUACGCACAAAUACCAGGUCUAUCAGUGAAUCAUACAAUAACAGAUACCGAUAAUAAUUCUCAAUCAAGUACAGAUUUUAAUUUACCUACAUUCCCAUCUGAGACAUCAAAUACAACACAAAAAUUUCAAACAGCACAACCCUUAAAUUCAUUUUUAAACGAUACUGAUUCUUCGUCUCAAUCAAAUCUGACACUUGGAAAUUAUACAUCAGAUCCGUACCAACAGCAAACUCAAGCAUCACCAAAAAGUGAUAAGUCAACUGUUGGUGGUUUGUUUUCGGGAGUCUCAGGAGUUAUACAAAAUUUAUCGGGUCUUGUAAAAUCUACUGUUGCAAAUGAUUUAAACCAAUCCGUUCCUUCAACGACACAAGACCUGCAAAAUAAAUCAAAUAUUCAAGAGCCUCAGUUUAACCAAGGAUUUAUAAUACCACCAGUUUCUUCAAACAAUAGUGGAAUAAAUGCUACACAAGUUUUCAAUCCAAUUGUUGGUCAUCAAAUUGGUUUUGAGCCUAUACAAUCUUCUAUUUCAAAUUCUUCAAUAAAAGAAGAUAUAAACACAAUUAUUCCACCACCCACGAAACCUCCAACAGCAAGUAAUACCAGUUCAUUUCGUUUACAAAAAGGAACUCGCUUGUAUAAAAGUCCGUUCGAAAAUACAAGUUCAUCCGGCGUGAACGCCUCUUUCACUACUCAAUUGCCACAGCAACAAUUCACCGUACCCAAUUUACCAUUACCAGAAAAUUUUAAUAAUAUUUCACAAGGACCGCAAAUCACCGAAAACAUACCCCCAAUUCCUGCACCGGAAAGUUUUCAAAGUUAUUCCUUUCAAAAUAUACAACAACCAAAUCAGGUAUUUAAUCCAAUAAAAGAGACGCCCUCCUUUUCUUCUUUUAAACAAGAUCAACAAAAACCAGGGCAUUUACUUGACAAACAAUUUACCGAUAUCCCGGUAAACGCUACAAAUCUGAUUGAGGAAGAACAAAAAGAGUCUGUGGUUUCAAAAAUACAACAAAUCCCACAAUCUAGUAAAUUUUUUCAACCCAUUGAAGAACCAACCAGCGAAAGACCGAUAACAAACGUUGACUUCUUUAAAGCACAAGAACCAAAUACUUCAUUAUCUGUUUUUGAUAAUCCGAAACAGGAAACUGUAGCAAAAUCAGUAGAAAUUACAACUAAUAUAUUUAAACCACUCAAUUCUCAAAUAAAAACUAGUAACAUAACUGAGAAUAAUAUUUACUCUCCUGUUCAACCCGGUUUGUUUGAUUCUGCUCCUCAACAGUUAGCAACUCAACAAAGCCAAUUAGAAGUGAAUACAUUCAAUUUAUCACCAUUAUCAUCUGCUUCACAUUCCCCAUUUAUAAGAUCAAGUGACAAUAAUAAUCUAAAACAAUUUAAUAGCCUUUCAGUUGAAGAAAAAUCGUGUGAUCAACAAACAUUGCUAAAAAAGACCGCUGAGCUCAGUAUUCAAGAAAAACAGUCAGCAUUAAGCGUAGCACCACCACCCAUUUUACCACCUGCCAAAACUGGUCAUUCAAAAUCAGCAAAUCCUUUUAGAAGAGAUUCAACAAAAUCACAUCCUGUAGUACCAACUAAUUUCUUCACACCAGGCGAACAAAAUCCACAAAUAUUAGGAACUUCGUUGCAACCGCAAGCAGAUCAAAUAAAUUUGUCCCUGAGCCAAACUUCACAAUCAACAGUUAAUACAACACUUCAAGCGGUAGUUCCAGAAAACGCUUCUACAGUUGAUUAUUUUAAACCAGUUACAUCUGAUGAGUGGGCUCAAAAAUUAAUAAAAGAAGCUAAUCCAACCAUUACUGAAACUUCUAUACUUAACACAAUCCAACCGCAAGAAGCACCAAGUUUAGGCUCUUCAGAACCAUUUCCUGAAAAGUUUAAUUUUUCAACUUUACUUCCAGACGAAAACACAAAAUUUCGAUAUUUACCUCCCUCUUUAAAGCCAAAAUUAAUAGCAGAUAGUGAAAAUAAUUGUCCACCUCCAAUAGAAUUCAGGCCUCCAGCACCAUUACCUUUUGUUAACAACCAACCUGAUAUUGGACCUGGUGCAUCAAUAGCAGCUUUCUAUAAUCCGGUUCCAAGCCAUCAGUGGGCUCAACAAGUAAUUGACGCAGCUCAAGAAGGACUUAAUGAAAUACCUCAACAAGAAAACACAGACCAUUCGCAUAUUAUAGAAGGAACGAUUGAACCAGAAGAAGAAUUUCCUGAUCAAUUUGAUUUUUCCUCAGUUUUACCUCCUGAAGGCCCAGUAUUUAAAUAUUUGCCACCACCAAUUAACAAUAAUAUAAAUAUUGAAGCAUCUGAUCCUGAAACAUCUAGCGAAAAGGUUAAAAUUUUGAAAAUAACUAAGGAAACGCUUCCUCAAGGAACAUCAAGUUGUGUUGGAGAAUUUUUAACUGAGGUCCAGCAACCUAAAGCACAAACAGCAAUUCCACCUGAGUUAAAGGAAAGCAAUCAGGACGAAAAUAAUCAACAAUUUAAACAAACAAAUUUAGCAAAUUAUUUUGGACAGCAGCAACCGAAAAAAGACUUAGAAGAAGUACAUAAAUUAGAAACAGAAAAAGUUCAAGAAAUUCAAUAUAAUCAGCAAAAUCAAACUAAUAUUCAAAAUAGUGCUAUACAACAAACUUUUAUACAAGGGCCUCCUUCAACAUCAUCUACCCCAAAAUUAACCGAUUUUUUUAAUUCGAAUUCAAUUUCUGCUCCUGUACAACAGAAUUUUCAAUUGCCUCAAUCUCACACAACACCAUCUAUUAAAUCUGAUACUGAAAUUAAACAACAGCAAGCGAUCAGUGACAUUACAUCUGUUGACAAAAAUUUAAAUUUGAAUGUUUCACAAAAAAUUUCUCCCAUAAAGGGUCAGCAAGAACAAAAUUCAUUUUUAAAUUUUUUCGAUCAACAAAAACAACAACAAAUUUUGAGUAAUCAAAAAAAUCAAGACGAAAUAUUUUUUAAUAAUCAGAAACAACAAAGUCAACAACAACAACAACUGGAAUCAGUUUCUAGCAUUUCUUUCUUUGAUCAAUUUAACAAUAACAAUAAUUCAUCUGCACAAAUAAAUCAAUCAACAAAUACAACUGCAGCUACCGGGCAAUUAUUAAACGAAGAAGAACAGAAACUUCAAAAUUUUUUCAAUAAUCCACCACCGCAGAAUUUAAAUAAUAAUUCUGUGAACGAAUUAAAUUUUAAAAAUUUAUACGGUUGUGGUGGAAUAAAAUCUAAGCAAUUUAGCAAUUCUGAUUUCAAUUUAACACCUGGUAAAUAUAGUGAUAAUAGAAGUGCAACACCACUAUCAAAUAUUGUUGAGCCACCUUCAUCAGCUUGUUCAGAAUUUUCAAGUGAUUAUAUUAAUAACUCUUCACAAAAUCUAAGUCAACAAAAUAUUGGGUUUACCAACAAUUUAAAUGAUCCUUAUUUGAAUGAAAUACCAGAAGAACUAAUUUUAGAAUACAACAAAAUGUCUACUUCAAAUGCAACAAAUGCAGUUGUUCCAUGUAAUGUGGUUUAUACACCAGCGAAAAAGCAUUGGUUUUAUAAAAAAAUUGAACAGAAUAAACAAUUUUGGAUACCAUUUACACAUAAAGAUUCAGAUGCAUUAGAAGAAAGUUUUCUCAAAAAAGGCAAUAACAUUGUACAAGUGGAGGGUGGUAGAUAUGAUGUUAAUAUCAAUGAAAGAACACGUGAACCAAUUUAUUGGAGAGGUGGACCAACGGAAGUAAGACGUUGUUCGUGGUUCUUUAAAUCAGUUGAUUCUAAAUAUGUACCUUAUGAAGAACAAAUAGCAGACUUUUUAGAAUCUGAAUAUAGAGAAGCCUCUAAUUCUGGAGAAUGGCGUAAAAAAGUCGCUUUAGGUAACGGUGAAACUGUAGUGUUUCAUGCUCCUACAGUUUUAGUACAUUUUUUACAAUCACAAACAAGUGAUGCAUGGGGUGGAGCUACUCAAGCUACAAUUAAACCCCGAGUAGUAAAAAGAGAUUUAGAUGAUUUUGUGAUAGAAGCUGGAGAGACCGAUAAAGUAGAUCAUUUGUUAUUUAUGGUACAUGGUAUUGGGUCGUCAUGUGAUUUGAAGUUUAGAUCAGUAGAAGAAGUUGUUGAAGAAUUUCGAAGUAUCGCAUAUCAACUUGUUCAAGCACAUUAUAAAAAUUCAGUAGAUAAUGGUGAUGUUGGACGAAUUGAAGUAUUGCCCGUGUCAUGGCAUCAUGAAUUACAUUCAGCUGAAAGUGGAAUAGACGAGCAACUAAAAGCUAUAACUUUAGAAUCUAUUCCAAAAUUACGUAAUUUUAAUAACGAUACUGUAGUUGAUGCUCUGUUUUACACCAGCCCCAUAUUUUGUCAAUACAUCAUUAACACAGUAGCUAAUUGUAUGAAUAGAGUUUAUUUGAAAUUCUGUCAGCGAAAUACGAAUUUUAGUGGACAAGUAUCACUAGCUGGCCACAGUUUAGGUUCAUUAAUUUUAUUUGAUAUAUUAUGCAAUCAAAAGCCAGUUGAAGAUAAUGAAACAAAUUCGGAAACGUUAGAUCAAUAUUUAGAAACACAAAAGAUUCCAAAUCCGGCACAUUCCCAGCAGGUAAAUUAUACUUUUGGUUCAAGUGGAGCUGGUCAGCCUAAAAUAGAUUACCCACAACUUUUAUUUGGACCAAAAAAAUUCUUUGCUUUGGGAUCACCUAUUGGCUUAUUUACAACAAUUCGAGGUAUUGCAAAAUUGGGAAUGGAUUUCAAAUUGCCUACAUGUCCCGGAUUUUAUAACAUUUUUCAUCCAUAUGAUCCAAUUGCUUAUCGUAUUGAGGCAUUAAUUAACCCAGAAUUUAGUUCAAUUAGACCAGUACUUAUACCGCAUCAUAAAGGACGUAAACGAAUGCAUUUAGAAUUAAAGGAAACCAUGACACGUGUUGGUACUGAAGUUAAACAAAGAAUUGCAGAAAUAUUUAAGGGUACAAUGGAAACUGUAUUUUUCUUAUCAUCAAAAAAUAAAGUGGAAGAUCAACAAGAAAUGGAAAAAGAAGUUGAUAAAGUUUUAGACAGUCAAUUAAAAAUGGAUCAACCAAUUCGAACGGCAUCAUCUUCUAGUUCAGAUUUACAGUCUUUGGAAGAUUUAAAUGAGUUAAAUAUGACAAUAGGAAAAUUAAAUGAUACAAAGCGUAUUGAUUACGUUUUGCAGGAGGCACCUUUAGAGUUUUUUAAUGAAUAUUUAUUUGCUUUAACAAGUCAUGUUUGUUAUUGGGAUUCUGAGGAUACAAUUUUGUUCAUUGUCAAAGAAAUAUAUUCAUCGCUUGGUAUAUCAACGGAUGCAACAAUCCCGCAACAGAAUAUGACCAUUGAAAGACCAAGCUCAAGGAAUACACCAUCAUCUUCACCAACGAGCCCUCAAAAACUACUUAAAGAAAAUUAAGAAAAAUACUAAAUAAAAAUUAAGCUUUAUAGAAAUUGGAAUACAAAUUAAAAAUUAAAUAUUAAUUAAAUUUUAUUAUACAUUUAUAGCAUAUUAAUAAAAUUUUGUAAAAAGAAAACUCCUAUAUGUGAAAAAAAAAAUUCUAUGUUAGUUACUAAAAUCAAAUUAAUGUCUGGUAAAUGUUCUGUUUAAUAUUUGAUCCAUUAUUAUUGAUAAAAAUAAAAAAAUGAUUUUAAUUCAAGUAUUCCUCAUAAAAAAAUUUGGCUUUUAACCUAUUUUGUUCAGAUAUUGUAAAUAAUUGAAGAAUCCAAUUUAAAUUUUAAAAAAUUUUCAGAGAGUAUGAUUAAUUCAGGAAGCUUGUUAUUUUUAUGUCCUAAAAAAGGCAAAUGAAACGAAAUCAGAUAAAUGGCAAAAUGGUGUUAUUAAUAUGUUUAAAAAAUUUAACAAAAUUAAUAAAAAGUUUUGUUGUAAAAGAA